AUGAACACCCCAGAGCGCACAACGUCAGAGGUCGAACGGCGGCCGAGCGCCACCUCUUCUGUCUUUUUGGACGCUGAGGAGAGUGUCACUGGUUGGGACUCGGAGACGGCUACCCCCAGGCAGCAACUAUCCGUUGAUGUCGAAAACCUGAACAAUACGGAGCUGUUAGCGGACGAGAGAGCGACAUCAGUAUCGAGUGCUCCUGAACAAGCUGAACGGCAGACCGCAGGAUUUGCCUAUGAUGCCGAACUACACGACCAGUACGUGCAGCGCAUGAACUGGUGGUGCAUGAUUUUCUGUUGUCAAUGCGGUGGUGCAUGCUGUGGCUGCUUCUCGAAGAGCGAUGUGCGUAAGAGUCGCGAGAGUAUUCGUCGGGAGACCUUGGAGCGCCAAGCGGUCAUGAUCGGUGAGUUGCUCUCAGCCUACGAAUAUGACUUAUUCAACAAGGAGAAAGAGAACGAGACCUCCUCGACCCAGCGCACACCUUUUCUCUCGCUGUUUCCAUUUUCGCCGCGUUCAGGUAGGCGCCAGGAACAGCCAGACGAGCUCGUCGUCCGCCGUGAGCUCAUGAAGCGUUUUGCGCUUUUAUUCGAUCGUUCCCCGGGUUCUCGAAAAACUCGCAAAUCGUACCCUGUCUUGCUGCCGCAGGACUGGCUACGCGGCGUUCAGCUCUACAUCCUGCUUGGUGCUUUUGCUGAUGAACCUGACCGCAUGCAGAGACUGUGCAUGAACUUGCCCCCUGUUUCGGUUGCACGCAUCCAGUGGCUUCAUCACUGGAUGCGAUUUGCAGCAGCCCCGCUGGGUCAGUAUCUCCUGAUGUUGGAAAGGCCGGCAUCGGCUUUCAUGAACUACCCAAAGUCGAUGAUUCACGCUCUAAGGAUGCGCUCCGUCCCAGACUCGGCAUUGCUAGCGGUUGCGCGACGCUGCAGAGUCGGUCUUGACCGGAUUCUGCUCGCCCAGAUGCGGUCGCGUACCUUUCUACCCGCUUUCAUCAUCGUAGAAGAUCCCGUGACGGACAGCUUGGUAGUUUCCGUGCGCGGAACAAUGUCCGUCAGCGAUGCCUUUACGGACCUUGAAGGAACCCCCGAGCACUUUGAUGUGCGCUGCUGCGAGGGAUCGCCCGUGGGCGCAGGCGUCACGAUAACAGGUACUGCGCACGGUGGUCUACUGAGAUCAGGCGGGAACCUCUGCAAACGAAUCUUACCAGUUUUGAAGCGCGCCGUCGAACGCCGGGGCGGGAACACGCGCAUUAUCAUCACUGGUCACUCUCUCGGCGGCGGUGCUGCUGCACUGCUUGCGAUCAUGCUGCAGGCCCACUUGCCGAAUGUAUAUGCGGUUUGCUUCGCUCCACCGCCAGCAGUGAGUAUUGAAGCGGCGGAGAAAUGCAAGGCGUUCAUGGAGUGCGUUGUACGGGGGAACGACAGCGUUCCAAGAAUGUCUUUGCCUGCAAUCGCUCACUUCUUGCGCAUCGCUUAUUUGGGGAAGUCUCGCCUGAGCCGGCUGCAGAAGCUGGCAUUGUUUUUCCGUUGUGGCUGUUUGUGCAAGUUUCCACCAGAGAUCCGCGACGCCGUCUCGCACGUGACGUACUCGCUUGAGAACCGGCGCAUGUUUGUGCCGGGCCGAGUAUUUUACAUAACAGAGCCGUCAACGAGAAACACAUGUGGAGACAAUUCAUGCUGUGGGCCUGUCUGUCUCAUUGGAGCAUGUGAACGCCAGUCCGCCGAGGCUGAAGCACAGGAAAGCCUCCUCCACCGCCGUCUGAUUCGCGAAAUUGAUGCCAAGGAGCUCCGAUGUCUGGUUGGCAGGAAUGGCAUUAUCGAGCAUCACAUGCCUUGGGGUUAUGAACGCGCGUUGCGAGCGCUGCUUCGUGAGGCGAAUGCACCAUCCCUCCGACGAAAGGAGCUAGAGGAGCGCAAGCGGAUCAGCGAGCCUGCGAAUCCGGAUGAUCUCCCCCUGGAGUCUCGUUAG